AGUUCAUUCAACAACAAAAAGUCUUUGCUCUGAAGUGACGUUUCAUUUGACCCCGGAAAUAAAUCUAGAAAGGUCAUUCUCAAGUCGUCCACUCGUUUCCAGUGCGAUUUGUGUUUUUGUUCACACGUAAGUCAACACUUGCUUAAAUAAUUUGUUGCAGCUUGCCCUGAGUUGGGGUUUUACGAGCAAUGUGUUUGACUAUAGUUUUACGUUUUUCCUCUAGCCAGAUAACUUAAAAAAUAUAUCUUCAUCGUCUACUGACUGUCAACAAUCGCUGGCACGUUAGCUUAGCUAGCGAAUAUAAACGUUAGCUGUUGCAUACGGACAGGUAAAGUUAGUAGUAUUUUUUUUUAAACUAGUUAGAAAGCAAUUUUACAGAACAUAACAAGGAAGAUGGGUUCGUCGAAAAAACACAAGGAAAAGGGCCGUGAUAAAGAUAAGGAUGCCGAAGAACGUGGUCACCGUGAACACAAAAAACACCGUCAUAAGGACCGGGAGAGGGACAAGGAACGAGAUGGCAACCGAGAGCGGGAGAAAAGGAAACGGUCCAGAUCGAAGGAAAGGAGUGCACGGGGUUCCGAGAGAGACGGUCGCAGUAAAGGGGAGAGGAGUACUGGGGAGCCUCGCGUAAAGAAAGAAAAAGUGGAGCCCGGAUGUGAGGGCACAGAAAUUGCACCACAGUCUGCAAGUGGAGAUGCCUCGCUUACCAUUGAAGAGACAAACAAGCUGAGGGCCAAGCUUGGUCUGAAGCCUCUGGAAAUGACUGACACCACUAAAGAGCUCGGCACGAAGGAGCAGCCAAUUGUUGCAGAGACGAUCAACCCAGUGUACAUUAAACAGCAGAAAGAGAUGAGGGAGAAACUGGCAGCUCUGAAGGAAAAGAGGCUCCUCAAUAAGAAACUGGGGAAAGUGAAGACCUUAGCAGAAGACGACUGGCUGGAUGACACUGUUGCCUGGGUUGAGAGGAGCCGGAAGAUGUCCAAAGAGAAAGAACUGGCAGAGAAGAGAGCCAAGCUUCUGCAGGAGAUGGAUGAGGAGUUUGGUGUGAGCAAUCUGGUAGAGGAGGAGUUUGGACAGACCAAGAAGGUCGCUUACAGCUCCCGGGACCUAAAGGGUCUCACUGUCCAGCACAAGAUGGAGUCAUUUAAUGAAGGGGAGACUGUCAUUCUCACACUGCAAGACAAAGGUGUGCUUGAUGAAGAGGGGGGCGAUGUUCUUGUAAAUGUGGGUCUGGUGGAUAAAGAAAAUGCUGAGAAGAAUGUGGAGUUGAAGAAGAAAAAGCCUGAUUACAAAGCCUAUGAAGAGGACGAGAGUGUGGAUGACAUGGUUACGUUCAAGCCGCGUACUGUGCUGGGCAAGUAUGAUGAGGAGAUCGAUGGAGAGAAGAAGAAGAGUUUCCGGCUGAGCAAAGGGGGCUGUGCUGAGGGGGAACGGGAACGGGAGCUCCAGACCAUCAGGGAGACCCUGAGGAACCAGGCCCAGUCCUUGGAGAUGCCUGUUCUCGCUAUUGCCUCAGAGUACUACACACCCCAGGAGAUGGUGGGCUUUAAGAAGACCAAGCAGCGCGUCAGGAAGAUCAGGAAGAAGGAGAAGGCAUUGCCUGAUGAGCUCCAAUUAGACGACACACGCAACACCGACUUUGGCUCCAGGGCUCGGGGUCGGGGUCGCAAGCAGUUGGAUGAGGAGGGCCAGGAAGGGGUGAAGGAGCGUGUCAUCAUACCGGGACUAGAUGUACCCCAACAGUCAGAUGACAUCAGGAUGGCGGACAUGGACAUCAGUGACGAUGAGAACUUCAUCCCCCCUGAUCCGGCUGUGCUGGAGGAGGAUGAGGCAGAGCAGGAGCUGCAAAAGCAGCUGGAGAAACAGCGAAAACUCAAACAGAAACAGCUGCUCAAAAACUCUGGGGAAAAGGUGGCAGAGCAGGUCCGAGGGCUUGCAAGAGGGGACGACAGUGACAAUGAAGAAGACAAGAACAACCUGAACAUUGUGUUCAAUGCCACCUCUGAGUUCUGCAGAACUCUGGGUGACAUCCCUACCUACGGCCUGUCGGGAAACCGAGAGGACCAGGAGGACAUCAUGGAUUUCGAGCAGGAGGCGGAGAGAGAUGGCGCUGGCGGUUCAGACUCCGACGGGGAUGAGAAUGUUGGCUGGAGCAUCGUCAACGUGGAUGAGGAACAGAAGCAGCCUGAUUUUGCCACAGCCUCGACCACCAUCCUGGAUGAAGAACCCAUUGUCAACUCUGGGCUGGCUGCUGCCUUGGCGCUCUGCAAGAAUAAGGGUCUCUUGGACACUCAAAUGCAGAAGAUAUCCCGUGUCCGUGCGCCUACCGGUGCCCUGCCCAAUGAUAACUACAGCAUUGAGGACAAGAUGACGAUAGAUGACAAGUACAGUCGGAGGGAGGAAUAUAGAGGCUUCACCCAGGACUUCAAGGAGAAGGACGCCUACAAGCCAGAUGUCAAGAUUGAGUAUGUGGAUGAAUCUGGACGGAAGCUCACUCCCAAAGAGGCUUUCCGGCAGCUCUCACAUCGGUUCCAUGGGAAGGGGUCUGGCAAGAUGAAGACUGAGAGGAGGAUGAAAAAGCUGGAAGAGGAAGCGCUGCUGAAGAAGAUGAGCAGUAGCGAUACCCCUCUGGGAACUGUCGCUUUGCUUCAGGAGAAACAGAAGUCACAGAAAACCCCCUACAUUGUUCUGAGUGGGAGUGGGAAGAGCAUGAAUGCAAACAACAUCACCAAAUAAAUGUGGUUGAGGAGGGAUCUGACCAGUGAGGACGUGUGCCGUGCACCAUUACACAGACACAUACAGACAAACUGAUGUUAAGUUUAUUUUCCUUAUUGAAUAAAAUCAAGUAGCGGCCUAUUACUGUUGUGUGUGUAAAGAAAGUCGUUGUUGCUUUUGACCCUGGAUUUAUGUCUACAAUGAUUAUAAUUUGUUAUUUUGCAUACAUUAAAGAUUUGACAUGA